AUGUUUCAUUCAUCUUUUUCAUUCUUAUUCUUCUUUUAUAUUUUCUUCUUUUUUCUUCGCUGUUCAAUCUUUCCUUUCUCGUUCCAUUAUCCAUUACUAGAAAAAUGGUCGAUUCUCUUCUUUUUCAUUUUUCUUUUUCCUUCCAGGUUGUUUGCCUUUUCCUUCCUUUGCAUUCCUUCCUUCCUGGUUUUCUUUUCUUUCCUUCCUUCAUUUCCUCCCUUCCUUCCUCCUUUCUUCAUUCCUUCCAUCCUUCCUUUUCAUUCCUUCCUUCCUUCCUUGCUUCCCUUCCUUCCUUCCUUCCUUCCUUCCUUCCUUCCUUUCGUCUUUUCUUCCUUCCUUCAUUCCUUCCUUCCUUCCUUCCUUCCUUCAUUCAUUCAUUCCUUCCGUCCUUCCUUGCUUCCUUCAUUCCUUCCUUUCGUCUUUUCUUCCUUCCUUCAUUCCUCCCUUCCUUCCUUCCUUCAUUCAUUCCUUCCAUCCUUUCUUGCUUCCUUCCUUCCUUCCUUCAUUCCUUCCUUUCGUCUUUUCUUCCUUCCUUCCUUCCUUCAUUCCUUCCGUCCUUCCUUGCUUCCUUCCGUCCUUCCUUCCUUCCUUCCUUCCUUCCUUCUUUCCUUUCGUCUUUUCUUCCUUCCUUCAUUCCUCCCUUCCUUCCUUCCUUCCUUCAUUCAUUCAUUCCUUCCGUCCUUCCUUGAUUCCUUCCGUCCUUCCUUCCUUCCGUCCUUCCUUCCAUCCUUCCGUCAUUCAUUCCUUUGCUUUUUAUCUUUCUUUUUAUUUCUCCUUUUGUUUUACUUCCUUGCUUUCUUCAUUGUUCACCCCCUUCCUUCCUUCCUUCCUUGUUUAAUUUCUUCUUCGUUCCCUUCCUUUUCUUCUUUCUUCUUUUAUCCCAUAAGCACUUUUUCCAAUAUCUUCCAGGCAUUUUCCUUUCUUUUGGCCGCCUUCCCGCUUUGCAUUUUUCUUUCUUUUCUUUUCUUUUUUUCUUUUAAUACUUUUCCGAUUUUCUAA